AUGCACCCAUACAGACAACACAGGAAUUACCAGCUGAAGCAGCACCACAACUUGAGACAGAGGAAAAACAUACACACAGCCAAAGACAAUCAACAGACAGACGUUAGGGGCUCUGGACACGAGGACGAGCAACAGCCGGCCUUUGACCUGCAGAGAACCAAGGGCAAGAAGACCCAAUACACCUGCUGUGGUUGUCUCCCCUGCAGGAGGCUCCAGCGGCCUGCAAAGAAGACCAACCUUCAGGUCGUGACCAAGAAGCCGGUCAUUCAGAUCACCUACUACGAGGACGAGCACCAGAAACCGAAGUACUCCCAGAAAGAGACCUCUACCACUCUGUACUACGAGAGGACUCCGAGCGGGAAGGUUCCUGAGCGCCAGUCCAAGAGUCUGGAUACUCAGCCUUGUUACAAAUCGUUGUCUACCAGCGGAGACCGAACCAGGGAGAAGCAGGAAGAAAUCUCCUCUCGGCAAAAUCAGCACAGCAACCAGCUUAAAGAAGAUCCUAAAAGAAGCAGCGAACAAAUACACAACUCAGAGAACAGCAACCAGAAGAGAGAAUGCAGUCAGAGCCACCUUGAUUCUGGUUCUCAACGGGAUCAUCUCCACACAUCGCAGAAUAACCUGAACAGAACCUCAAGCUCCCAACCUUGUCCUGAGGACCUCCACGGUUCGCAGGACGGCCAACAACACCUAGCCAGGAAUAUCCAAUCCCGGCUAAAUAGCCCUCAUAGUUCCUCGACCCACCCAGAUCCUUCCUUAAGCCCGAGCCAUAAGAGCGAGAACGGCCAAAGCAGCCCCCGGCACGGCUACACAAACAGCCUCCAGCACCAUCCGUCUCUGGGCUACGCUGUGAAUCGACCGGAAUUCAAUGUCAGAGCGGGGCCAUUUCGUCUCUGCGAAAGCCAUCAAGGCCACCAUCGUGCUCUUUCCGCUCCUGGGCAUCACCUAACCUCCUGUUCGCCGUCAACCCAGGCGACUAAAGGCGAACUGGAAGGCGCUUACAUGAUCACAAACGCCCUUCUGCAGUCUUCGCAGGGCGUGUUUGUGUCGGUGCUGUACUGCUUCCUUAACUCCGAGGUGCAGGACAUCAUCCGCAAGCGGUGGCGACAGUACCGCAUGCAGCAGUGCGGGUACCCUCCGCAGCGCAGGAAGAGCACCCGCUGCACCAUCAUCCUGCCGCCCACCUUCUCCAUGAGGCCCAUGGCGCUCCAGUCCUCCUCCGCCCUGAGCUCGCGGGUCCAGAGCCAAGCCAACCUCGCCUCCGAGACGUCUGUGGUGUGA